AUAAUUAUUUAUGUUAAUAAACGACAUUCCUACUGCAAGUUCUGCACCAAAACUGUUCGGUACUUUGCCUUUAAACUUCGGAUUACCCCUUAAUCCAUUGGCUGUGUCUUAGAUGUUGCGUGUGGCUUCCGGUGUCAAAAGUACAGGAUUUCCAGGUGUCAAAUGAUCCGAUAUGAAAAGUGAUCUGAUACGAAAGGUAACAAGAAAGUUUCUAUGUACGAUAAGAAGACUACUUAAAGAAAGAAAUAAACAUGACAACUACUUAUAACAAAGUUGGAGAGGUGACAGCUUUGUAUUACUACCCCGUCAAAUCUUGCAGUCGUGUUAAUGUUACGGAAGGUCAUUGCCAUGAACUGGGUAUGGAGUUUGACAGACGCUGGGCUGUUGUAGAUCGUGGUGGCAAAGUCAUUGGUCUCAGUAGCAGGCCAGAAUUGUCAUUGGUUAAGCCAACUUUGACAAAGGAUUCCUUGAAGUUAGAUGCCCCCGACAUGGAAACAUUAUAUUUGCCGUUAGAUGUGCUAGAGAACGACAACAAGGAUGAAGGAUGCUACGUGGAUGUAUGUAUUCGUGGAAUUAAAGGGAGUGGGUUGCGUGUCAGCGGAGAGGCUGAUGAGUGGUUCUCAAAAUAUUUGGGAAGGCAACAUACGCUGAUUGUAUUUACUUCAAAUUGCAGACCAAGAUUCUUGCAUACUCAUUCAAGAUUCGGAAAGUUGCCUCUUAUAAAAGAAAGCGACAAGGUUGCAUUUGCUGGAGACACUCCAUUUUUAUUGAUCUCCGAAGAAUCUGUGAAAGUUUUAAAUGAGAAAUGUGCCAAGUUUAAAUCAGACGUUCUCCGCUUCAGGCCGAAUAUUGUCAUAAAUGGAGCAGAUGCAUUUGCAGAAGAUUCCUGGAGUCAUGUUAGAAUUGGGGAGGUUGAGUUUCGAUGUCUAAAGAAGUGUGGCAGAUGUCCUGUGCCUAAUAUUGACCCAUUCUCUGGGGUGAAAGACAAGGAAGAGCCUUUGAAAACGCUUAAAGAAUUUCGGCAAGUUGCUCAGGACGAAACUGAUAUUUAUGGCCAGGCACCAAUUAUGGGAAGAAAUUUAGGCACAGAAGACCAUGGCGUAAUUAAAGUCGGGGAUGUCGUAUAUGCCAUGUAAAUUAUAAACUUUCAAUAUGGGUGGUCUCUGAAUCCUUUUUUAGUUAUAUGAAAAAAAAUCAGAAAAAGGUUUGAUCGGCUCAAUUUGAUGAUAAAUUUUAAAUCUUUUGGUAUCAAUUAAUUGGCGGUUUUCAAUUGUUGGUAUCAGUUAAUGUACCUUGCAGAUUUACGUCUAGUAAUUUUUUGCUCCAUA